AUGUCAAAUAACAUUGAUAAUAAUUUGAGUGAUACCUACAAUUGUUCAACUUCUUCGACUAAUAAAUCUGGUGGUCGGCCUCAUAAAGAAGUAUGGGAUACAUAUAAUGUUGGUGAAAAAAUUGGAAAAUACUAUUCCGUCCAAUGCAAAUAUUGUCCUAAGCAUUGGCACAGAGGAAUACCAAUUGUAAUGAAAUCACAUUUAGCCAAUGAUU